AUGUCAUCCUCUCUCGAGGCCAAGAUUGUCGUCCUUGGCGCCCAAAACGUGGGCAAGACAUCCCUUGUGAUGCGGUACUGCAAAGGCUCCUUCAACCCGGCUCAGAUCACGUCCACCGUGGGCGCCAGUUUCCUGACCAAGCGCGUGGUCGACAAUGACUCCGACACUGUUGUGCGCCUCCAGAUCUGGGAUACGGCCGGCCAAGAGCGCUUCCGCUCCAUAUCGCGCCUGUAUUAUCGCGGCGCCAACGCCUGCAUCCUCUGCUACAGCAUCACCGAUGCCCAGUCCUUUACCGACAUGGGCGAGUGGCUGACCGAGCUGCGCCGCAAUCUGCCCGCAGAUGUCGUGCUGCACGUCGUCGGCACAAAAGCCGACAUUGUUGCCCGCGACCCGUCUCUUCGCCAGGUUCCCUUUGAACGCUGCAUCGCUUACGUAGCCGAAAACUUGGCCCCCGGCCUCGGUGGCACGCCACCCCCGACCGCCACGCCUCUCAACGGACAAUCCUAUCUCUCUUCGGCCGGCAUCGAACCCCGGAGCCCAAGCUCCAAGCGGAGCUCCGGCUUCUGGGGCCAGGAGAUUGGCUGGGACGCCUGUCACGAGAUCAGCGCUGAGAGUGGCGAAGGCGUCGAAGAGGUGUUCCGCGUUGUCGCCAGGAAGCUCGUGGAGCAGAACCGCAAGAUGCAGCAGGCACUUUUACAAGCAACGGCCACCCCAAAUACACCAGGGUUUGAAUCCGGUAUGGACGGAGGAUACUUUGAUACUAGCAAUGGCAGGGGGAGUUUUCGCAUCGGGCGAGAUAGGAGGAGCUGGCUAUUCCCCCCUGGAUUCUCGCCCGCCGUGACUAUUGACAGAGCUGGGUCAACUCAAGAACAGCAUGAUCAACUGGCUGAGAGCCGGCAAAAACAACGACAGAGCAGCUGUUGCUAG